UGAAUACAUUAUGGAAUGAGGGAGUUGAGCUCCAUGAUGCUUUUGUAAACAAAACUUUUACAUUGAGAGCAAUUUUGAUGUGGACCAUCCAAGAUUUUCCAGCCUAUGGGAACCUUGCUGGAUGUAAAACUAAAGGGUAUUAUGUGGACCUGUUCAAUUUCGAUGGAUGUAUCCCUUUGAGAGACAUAUGAAGACACUAAAAGCAUAUGUCAGAAAUCAAGCAAGGCCUGAAGGUUGUAUUGCAGAGUCCUAUCUUGCAGAUGAGUGUAUGAAUUUUUGUAAUGAAUUCAUUAAGUCAACAAUUGGGUUGAACAAAAAAAAGCAUCGCAACGAAGAGUGGGUCAAUGAUGUGUUAUUUGAGGGUCGUCCAAUUUCUAGAAAGCAUGACUUUACAAUGACAGAUGAGUGGUUAGAAAUUGCACACCGAUACGUUCUACUGAAUACAUCUAUUGUGGAGCCUUUUCUAGAGAUGCAUAAGGACGAGUUAAGGAAAACCAACCAAAUUUAUGCAAGAAAUAGUGGCUUGCUUUGGAAAAGGCAUGUAGAGACAUUUCCAAAAUGGCUGAAGGAAAAGGUUCCUAUUGAUAAGGGUGAAGAAAAUGAUUUGUUGAAAUGGUUAGCAUAUGGACCUAGGAAACAAGCAAUAUCUUGCACAGGAUUCAUCAUCAAUGGUCAAAGAUUCAAUGUAGAAGAUGAUAAAAAGACAACACAGAAUAGUGGUGUUUCUAUUGAUGCAACAACCAUGUGUAGAUCCAGUGCUAAAGAUCAAUCACAAGUUGCAGAUGUGGUUUCCUACUAUGGAGUCCUAAAAGAGAUAAUCUUGUUAGAUUAUCACACAUUUCAAAUUCCACUUUUUAGAUGUCUAUGGGCUAAUGUUCCUAAUGGUAUUAGGAUCGAAGAUGGCCUCACAUUAGUUAACUUAGAGGAAAGUCAAUCACAAUUUGUUAAAGACCCUUUCAUUUUAGCUUCACAAGCUAAACAAGUUUUCUACUCUAGAGAACGUGAUUCUAGUUGGCAUGUAGUAAUGAUGGCACGCCCAAGAGGAUUUUAUGAAUUGGAAUAUUAUGAUAGGCAUGAGUAUAUGCCCAUCAUUUUAGAAAAUAAUAUUGAAACUAGGUUGGAUGAUGUAGUUGAAGAAGACCAAUAUGUGAGAGUGGAUUGUGAAGGCACCUUAGUUUGAAUAAUGUUGUUGUUUUUGUCUCGUGUGAUGUCUUUUGUACUGUUCUUUUAGGAGUUUUGUUUUCUCAGACAUUUUCAUAAUGCUAUUAAUGUUUAUAUUGA